AUGAUUUAAAACAACUUUUAAAAUCUGGAGGAAGUAUAUUUUUGGAAAGGAAAUUACCUCAAUUAUAAAAAAGAAUUGAUUAUUAUUAAAAUCAUAAAGAGUUUAUAACUAAAUUUUUUUGUAUAAAUACAAAACUACAUUUAAUCCUCCUAUGGAGCCUACAAAAUAGAAGCUUGA